AUGGCCCUAUUCCAGUCGUUGACGACAUUCUUUCGCCGUCACAAGCGGAAGCUUUUAUUCGCUUCCGCCGCGUCCAUCUCGAUCUACUUCUUGGUCAACCAGUUUGUGAUCAAACGAUUUCUCAAGUUCCAGAACGCUUUGAAGCAGGAACUUUUCGUCAAAGAACAGAUUCGACGCCGGUUCAUCCAGACGCAAACAGACUGCUAUCUCACGAUCUUAGCACUUUUGCCUGUACUCACCAAACCCGUGUUUUCAUAUUUGCCAACGGAGACAAUCACCGCAGCACUUAAAAAGAAGAAGAAUCCCAACAGAGAAAUGAGUGACUCUCUCACCACCGAGAAUUUGAUUGCUUACACGGAAGAUCCAACCUCCUCACAAAAUUUGGAAAUGCUGCAGUUCCUCAACAAGUCCAAGGUUGAAUUGUGGCACGAUUUGAAGAUAAAGUCUAUUACUCGUAUGUUAGCCCUUAUUUACUCUACAAGUGGCCUCCUUUUGCUCACUCGCUUGCAACUAAAUAUCUUGGCCCGCAAGUCCUACCUUGAGCUGGCCAUAGCCAUGGCUGGCGGGAGUGUCGUUGCUAAAUCCGCUGACUCGUUCACUUACUUUGUGGAGCAGAGCUAUUUGUCUUUAAGUUGGUGGUUGCUUCAUCACGGUUGGCUUAGAAUGACUGAUACUUUAGAUGCUUUGGUCGAGAAAAAGUUCAAGGAUAUCAAUCCAAAAAUGGAACUCUCAGUCGAGACUUUUCGCCAAAUAUUACUUGAUAUCAAUACCGAGGCUUUGGCUCCUGGUAAUUCUGAGCUUUUCCUCCAUCUGAUUUUCCCGGUGGAAUACAACACUUUGAUAGACACCGUCAUGAACACUAACCCAGAGUUGGUAAAUGAGCUCGACAAUAAGGAUUCUGACCUUGUGAAACUCAUAAACGAAACCAACUUCAUCAUUUCCAAUGACUUUACGCGGGACGUAUACGCUGCUUUGAUUCAAAGCGGAGUUGACACUCUCUGCGAUAACAUUCUGCAUGUUCUCAACGCAAAUGGCGACACAACUCGUGUAAGCAAGCUUGCCACUUUCUUAGCUCAACUCUCAAUCCAAUCAACCGUUAUCUCGGAUCCCCAUGGAUAUGGGGAGGACGGCGAAGUGACUGGAAACUCUUUCAUGACCAACAUCAACGACGUCCCUGAACUUGACGAGUUUAGUGCCAGCAUAUAUUCAAACUUCGAAUAG